UCGCUUCCCCUCGUUCACCGCUGCCGGGACAGCUCUUCUUCCGCAACGGCAAGGCCACACGCUCCUGGCCGCGGCUGUUCGCAGCGCAAACCCUAACGGAGCCAACGGAGGCGCGCGAGCGGAAGCAUCCAUGGACGGCGGCCGCAAGAGGGGGAAGGCCGACGGCGCCAAAGGGGCCUCCGCCGGCGCGAAGCGGUCGCGAGAAUCGGAGUCAUUUCAAAGUGGCGUAGGAAGCAAAUCGAAGCCAUGCACCAAUUUUUUCAGUACUUCUGGUUGUCCCUUUGGUGAGGGCUGCCAUUUUCUCCAUUACUUCCCCGGUGGCUACCAGGCAGUUUCAAAAAUGACCAAUCUGGGUGGCACAACAAUUGCAUCUCCUGGAAGAAUGACGAUGGACGGGCCACCUACACCCACCGUGAAGACUCGCUUGUGCAACAAGUACAACACUGCAGAGGGAUGCAAAUGGGGUGACAAAUGCCACUUUGCACAUGGUGAAAAGGAGCUUGGCAAGCCUAAGUUGAUGGGCAGCUAUAUGCCACCUCCCAUGGGGCCAAGACCCACUGGUCAUUUUGCACCUCCACCAAUGGCCAGCCCUGGCUUGGCCACUCCAGCUAGCUUCGGCGCUUCUGCCACAGCCAAGAUCAGUGUUGAUGCAUCCCUUGCAGGUGGCAUCAUCGGGAGGGGUGGAGUAAACACAAAACAGAUAUCCCGAGUCACCGGGGCAAAGCUGGCCAUCCGGGACCAUGAAUCAGACACCAGCUUGAAAAACAUUGAGCUUGAGGGCACCUUUGAUCAGAUCAGGAAUGCUAGUGCUAUGGUCAGUGAGCUUAUUGUCAGCAUCAGUGGCAAUGCCCCUCCACAGGCCAAGAACCCAGCUGGCGGUACUCAUCGUGGUGGACGCACAGGAAGCAACUUCAAGACCAAGAUGUGUGAGAACUUCGCAAAAGGGUCGUGUUCGUUUGGCGACAAGUGUCACUUUGCCCAUGGUGACAAUGAGCUGCGCAAGCCUGCUGCUGCUUGAGAUCUAUGCCCUGUUUCAUACCUCAGUAGUCAUUAGUCAAUGUAACUCUAAACGUCGUCUCUGAUGAUGGAUUUGCUGACUUCUUUAGGCCUGCGCUACAGAUUUACUGACUUCAGGGCUACUACUGAAUUUGCGGACUUCUUUAGGCCCUCGCUAUUGCCAACAGAAUUUGUUUUCAGCAUUCUUCUUGAAUGUUAUGUUAUGAACUACUUAGGUAGUAUGUUACUAGGACCCGUUCAAGAAGAAAAGUGUUUGAUGCUGCUGAUUGGCAUAGUAUCUCUAA